UUCUCUUGCAGUGAUUUCGUAACACCCAAUCUGCUCUCUCUCCUGUGACCGAUUUAAAUUUAGAACCACUCCUUUUUUAUUUGCCGGCUUUUGAAAACAAGAGAACUAUUUUAAGCUCCAGCUGAGUUCCAAGGACAAUCUGACAUGACUGCUACUACAGAUACAGACGAAAAUUCGGAACACAAAAAAGAUGAAUUCCAUGAUUUGCUCCUGGAAAAUGAAUCGGUUGAUGCAAAGAAAGGUGAGAUGGCCUAUGACGAUGUCCUGGAGCACUUGGGAGAGUUUGGUCGCUACCAAAAGCGAAUCUACUUCCUACUCUGUCUUCCAGCCAUAUCUUGUGCUUUUCACAAGCUCGUUGGCGUCUUCAUUCAGGCCAGAGUUCCUUACAGGUGUAAACUUUCUUGGGAGCCCUCUACCAGUAAUUAUGGGUUUCUACGGAAUAACAUGUCAACUUACUACCCCAUGGACCAGCUGACACACACAUUCAGUGGGUGUAGAGUGAUCGACCUCACUAGUAAUUCUACCUCAGAAUGUGAUUCAUGGGUGUAUGAUAGAACCAAUUAUGAGAGCACUACUUUGACCGAGUGGGACUUGGUGUGUCAUAAAGCGUGGUGGAAGGCAUCAGCUGAUGCCAUAUUCAUGAUUGGUGUUCUGUUGGGAUCAAUCAUCUUUGGAGCCUUAUCCGAUAAAUAUGGUAGGAGAAUUAUAUUUUUCAUCUCGCUCAUACUACAAGCAUGCGCAGGCGUACUUACUGGAUUGGCCCCAAAUUACUUCAUUUUCGUGUUUUUGCGGAUGAUCGUCGGAGCAGCUACAUCUGGGGUGUUCCUUGUCGCUUAUGUGUUGGCUUUGGAGAUGGUUGGGCCCAAGAAACGUAUGUUUGCUGGUGUGGCCUGUCAAUUCUUUUUCACCACAGGUUACAUUAUGACUGCCUUAUUUGCUUACUUUUUGAGAAAUUGGAGGUGGCUUGAAAUCGCCAUCUCGUUGCCUGGACUUCUAUUCAUAUCUUAUUACUGGUUUAUUCCAGAAUCUGCUCGCUGGUUGUUGACUAAAGAACGAAAAGACGAAGCAGAACAGAUACUGAGGAGUGUGGCUAAAGAAAACAAAGUACAAAUCCCACCAGAGCUCUUGAGAAAUCUGCUUUCAAGAAAUGAAGUUGUAAAACCAACUGGAAGUGGACCUGAGCCAACUGUGAUCGACCUCUUCAGAACGCCAUACCUCAGAGCCAAGACAUUGGUCAUACUGUUCUUAUGGUUUGUAAAUAGUGCGACCUACUACGGGUUAUCGUGGAACACAGGAAACUUGGCAGGCAACGAGUAUGUGAACUUUGUCCUGUCUGGCAUCGUGGAGUACCCAGCCUACACUUUCCUUCUGCUCACACUCAAUCGCUGGGGACGAAAGUUUGUGCUCUGUAGCAGUAUGAUAGUUGCCGGACUGGCACUCAUCUCCAAUCUUUUCAUACCUGCAGAAAUGGCUUGGUUAGGAGUUACAUCGGCAAUGAUUGGGAAAUUCGCAAUUACGGCCUCAUACGGGACUGUGUACAUUUUUACAGCAGAGCAAUUCCCGACUGUCAUACGUAAUGUUGGAAUGGGAGCAGGAUCAACGUUUGCAAGAUUUGGUGGUAUUCUUGCGCCCUACGUAAACAUACUGACUGAAAUAUACACGCCUUUACCAUUGAUAGUAUUUGGAUUGCUAUCUUUAUCAUCGGUGUUUUUUGCCCUGUGGUUACCAGAAACUUUGAAUAAGAAACUGCCAGACACAAUCGCCGAUGGAGAGAAAUUUGGCAGAAAACAAAAAUUAGCGGAUGAAAUGAAUGAUAUACCAAUUGAUCAGAGAAAUCGUUCAUGAAGAAAACAACGCUCAAAAAAGUCAUCACACCAAUGUUUUUAUACAGUAAUGUUGGUAGUAUUUAUAAAUUAUUUUGCAUUUGUUAUACAAACAUUUUGUACAGUAGCGUAUUAUAUUAUCAUUAAUUUAUUUGUAAAAACUUUUUGUCAAUAUUAAAAUUCAUCUCAUUUUA